AUUUGUUUGUAAUAUUAAUUCAUUUAAAAUAAAUACUUAAUUUUAUUUAAUUAAAUUUAAUUGUAAAUAAAAACCAUUUAAUAAACACCAUGUGGAAAGUUAACUGGCGUUCAAUACGCGAUGAAUGGGAUAAAUAUUUUUACACCGCAUAUCUUAUACUGACAACUCUGGCUUAUGGUAUAAUAUUUUCAUUAUUUUCUAACAUCAUGACUGACAUGAGAUUGAUAUUCAAAACAUCGCUAACAAUGAUGACACUAUACCAGACACUAGAGACUGUGGGCUAUAUUCUGGGCACUUUCGUUGGCCUAACCUACCGGUACUUGAACCGGCAACUGGUGGUAGCCGUAUGUUUUGUCAUAUUAACCGUGGUCAAUAGUGUAUUGCCAAUGGUGCCCAACCUGCCGGUGCUGUACGUGUGCGCUGUGGCAUCGGGUUUUUGCUCCAGUGUUAUCAUGUGCUCCUACACCGUAUGGACAAUGGAGAUGUGGGGCAGUCGGUCGGCACCCGUCCUAUACCUCGAGGACUUUUCCUAUGGCAUCGGCUCUACGAUAGUGUCGGCUGUACUCAAGCCCUUUGUUGUGGGCGAUGUGGAGGCGGGUCGGGAGGCUGUGACCACAACACUGGCCCCACUCGUAGGUUAUGGUCUGAAUAAUACGAUUGACCGGGCGUUAGUGUCGGGCGGAUCGCUGCCUAUGAAUGAUGAUUAUGAUAGACGUGCGCUACUGACACAACCCUUUAUUAUUAUUGGUGUUUGCGUUAUACCAGGUUAG